AUGAUAGCCCAGUUCGUUCAGGAUAAUCAUCGUACUUGGGAUGCACUCAUUGCCGAGUUCCAGUACGCGAUGAACACCGCCGUUCACGACUCCACUGGGUUUUCACCUGCCAAACUGUGUUUUGGGAGAGAUCUCAGGCUACCUAGGGCAAUCGGGUCGUCUCUGACCACAGGACCGGAGCCUGGAGAUGACCGUGAGAGAACCGCGGAUGAGCUAUAUAGUGACCGGGAGCGGGCGUUUAAGAGGUUGUACGAUAGUUGUCGACAGAACUUGAGGAGGGCUUUCCAGCGCCAGUCUAAAUAUUAUAAUCUUAGACGACGUGAGGUGCAAUACCAUCGAGGUGAUCAAGUCAUGAGAAGACUACAUGUCUUGUCCUCAGCGGCUGAAGCUAUAGUGGGCAAACUGGCCCCUAAGUUUCAGGGUCCUUGCACCGUAGUGAAGCGAGUGGCCCCUAAUAUGUAUGAGGUAAAGGACGAGGGUAGGAGAGAGAUCCACGUCGUCCAUGUUAAGGACCUUAAGACCUACCAUGAAAGAACCGAAUCCUAG